AACGACCUGCUUUCCAAUUAGAUGCUCUUUUUUCACCUUCUUUCAUUCUUAUUGCCCUGAUUCUAAAGAAAUAGGAGGAAGAAAUAACGAUGGGGUUAUAAUCAUUUUACUUUUUAGUUUGUGAGAAAUGGAAUUUGCCUUCGCUUUCUGUUCUAUCAACAGGGAUUUAUCUGGUUAACAGGAAAAACAUGGCUGAUAUCAACACAGAGAAAAUUCAGAAUGAUGACGAUUCUGGAGAAAAAGAACAGGAAAAUUCUACUUCAAAUAAUACAAAUCCGUACUUUGACACAAGCAGUUCAGAUUCUGAUUUCGAAUUAGAAUUUACAUGCGAAGUCUGCAAGAAAACAUUUUCGGGCAUUAAACCUUUGAGGCAGCACGAGAAAAGCGGUCAACACCUCAAGCGAGUUCGAAAGAAGGAGGUUGAAAAGAAACUAGCCAAAAAAUUAGAAGAAGAUGUCGCAGAAGACAAUGAAGAUGUUCUAGAUCAAAUACCAUUUGCCGUUUGUAAAACUUGCAAGAAGGACUUCACGGGCCCUGAGUCUUUAGAGCAACAUCUGAAGAGUAGUAUUCACCACAAAAAAAUGGCGGCUUCCAAACUUCUGAAAGAAAUUCAAGAUGAAGAUGGCCACAUCAACCUCGGAAAGCUAAGACAGAAACGCAAGGAAAUGAGAUCCAAAAAGGGAACUCCAAUCGCUGUAGGGAAGACCUCUGGAAAUAGUUCUCCUUCUGAUGCUUCAGCUCACUCAGGGGAGGAGGAGGGCGCUUGUGCUUAUUCCGGUCCUCCAAGAUCUGAUGGUUCAUCUGAUGACGACAGAAUUGCUGAAACUCAUGAGUUCGAAUGUCUGGAGUGCAAGAAAGUAUUUACCGGGGUCAGUCCAUGGUACCAACAUUUAAUUAGCAAAGUGCACGAGAAAUCACUCAGGCAAAAAGAACUGUUCGAUCACCUGAAAAUAAUAGGAACAAUGUCAAAAGAAUGUUCCGCGGAUCAGUAUUUAGUACAGGAAGAUGAUGACGUGAUUCUUUGCAAGCUGUGUAACGUAGCCUUUUCUGGUCCAGAGAGUGCCAGUUCGCAUUUGAAAAGUAAGAAACAUACAAAGAAUUUAGAAUUGAAAAAAUGGAAAAAUGCCAUGAAGGAAGAAAGAAAAGAAAAGAUAAACAGUUCUAAAAUGAAAAAGAAAGCUUCUUUCGAAUCUUCAGGAGAAAACAACUCAGAAAUGAAGAACAAAGAAUAUGACCAAGAAACCACAGGAAGUAAAACAGAUCUCCAAGAGAAUUUAAAUCCAGCGAAGAAAGAUACUUAUGUGGAAUCUUCAAAUGCAACUGGAGGCAAUCCAGAACGGAAAAUAAAACCAGACCAGGAUGCGUUUAAUGACGACAAGUUACAAAAUGAAAUUGAUGCAUGUUCCAGUUCCGUAAAUGAAGAAAUUGUGAACCAAGAUAAAUUUAAUUUUCAAUCAUUUAAAGAGACUUGCAUCUAAAUACAAGAAAGAAUAGUUUUAUAACUCCAUAAAUAAUAAUGAGAUAAUUUUUAAACUUCAUUGAACAGUUAAAAUCAAGACGGGAUUUGAAAUGAACUGUCUUAGCGAAUGCGAAGCUAUCGUUUGAUUUAAAACAAAUUAAUGGCUUUUAUACUUAUGUUUUUACAUGUUUUUAAAAAGUUGCUUCUGUUUUUGUUUUUUACAUUAAUACCUUGUUAUGCUUAAUAUACAAACGCCCUAAGUUAUAAUUGUCUGUUGACGUAUAAAACUUUGAUAUUCAUGAUAUUAUUUCAUCACUUUUUAUAUCAAUGUUAUUGGGAUUACUCAAAUGAUUUGAUAGAAGAACAAUUAUAUAAAUCGAAGACAUUUGAUUGUAACGAUAUUGAUGUAGUUAUCCUAAAGCUCUCAGUGUCAUCAAUUUUUGAAAUACAGUUGAAUGAAAUAAAUUUAUUACUUUAUACUUAUACGAAUAAAUAUGCUUUUAUAUGAA